UUAUAUUGCUCAUUGCUCAAUGGGCUGACUGCGCUCCGGACUGCUGAGUGGCUGACAGCGCGUGGCGCGUGUGACCUCGGCUACGCUGCGUGUCACAUGAGGUCACGAUCAACUGCGCCCGAGGGCAGGACCGGUAUAUAGAGGCGGGCUGGAACGGUGGAGGUACAGUCAACAGUGACCGGUCAAACCGACAACUCCUCGGAUCACAAACAUGAAGUGCGUUGCCCUCCUCGCUCUGUGCGUGGCCGCUGCCGCUGCCGACGGCUAUGGAGGCGCCCAGAGCCACGCCUCCGUUGAGACGUACAAUGCCUGGGGCAGCAGCAAGUACGGUGUCAAGAACGUGCACCCUAAAUAUGUGGCCGGCCACGGCGGCGGCUACGGCAAGGGCGGCUACGGCAAGGGCGGCUACGGCAAGUUCGUCGGCGGCCACGCCCAGAUCUACGCCCAGGCCAAGGGCACGGCCGGCUCCGGCUACGGCGGUGGGCACGGCGGCUACGGCAAGGGCGGACACGGCGGAUACGGCGGUGGACACGGCGGAUACGGCGGUGGAUACUCGUACAAGUACAGCGCCGAUGUGGGUCACGGCGGAUCCGGAUACGGUCACUGAGCUGAGAAAGGUCUGGCGCUGAGCGCUGGCGCAGCUUUCUGUCUUUCAGGUGAUGACGUGUGGGACUUGAUACACUGCGUGUGUACAAUACAUAUGCAUUGACUACAAUGAUUUUC